AAUGGUAUUGUCCGUUCAAUUGAUAAUGAGUCAUCUCGUAAAUUGCUUUCCGGUGUUACAUAUAUGGAUGAUUUACUUAUCGGUUCUAACAAUAUCGAAGAUUUACGUCAAUGUGUGUCCGACGCUAAACGUGCUUUCUCGUUAUCUGGCUUCGAGAUGCAUAAAAUUUGUUCAAAUAUUUCAGUACCGGAUGGCACAUCUGUUAAUAGCGCUGGUUUGUUGGGCCUCUUGUGGAAUAUUCCUGACGACACUAUUAGUUUGAAACAUCGUGAUUUAUCGUCUUCUUUGUUAACAAAACGUAAUAUGUUGUCGAUAAUUGGCCGAAUAUUUGAUCCAUUAGGAAUCAUUGAUCCUUUGAAACUUCAGUUACGACUAUUGUUUUCUCGUAUCGUCACAAAUGAUUGGGAUUCUACGAUUGAUGAUGAUUGCGCUCGAGAAUGGAAUGCCGCAAUCGCUGAUUGGUCAAAAUUGGAAGAAAUUAGUUUCGAUCGUUAUAUUUCAGAAACGUCUUGUUUAUACUGUUUUGCUGAUGCUAGUGAAACUGGUCUUGGUUUUUGUAUCUAUUUGGGAAAUCAUUUGCUGUUUGGGAAGAGCAAAGUGGCUCCGAAGUCUAAGACAAUUGUCGAAAAAGAAUUAUUGGCUUUAUGUGGUUUGGCAAAGAUGGUUUCUCGAGUACGGAAAUUAUUGGAUGAUUCACAAAUUCGUCCUAUUGUACGCAUCUUUUCAGAUUCAAGAAUUAAUUUAGAUCGUUUGAAUUCUUCGCCAAAUCGUUUUAAAUUUCAUAUUGGAAAGAAGCUUUUGCGUAUCCUACAAAUGGUAUCGGAGUGUCAAGCAUCCGUUUUUUAUAUUCCUGGAAAUUUGAAUCCAGCAGAUCUAUUUAGUCGACCUAUUUCAAUCGGUGACUAUAUCAAACGAAAACCUUGGUUUCUACAAUCGUCAGAUUUAUCGGAAGUACCAUGUCCAGUAGUAACCGUUUGCUCCAUCAAAAAAGAAGAUAUGGAUUUAGAUUUUAAGAAUUUUCUGAAUCACCUUCCGUCUGUUGAAAAAAUGAUCCGAUGGAUUGAUAGAUUACGUCGAUGGCUUCCGAAGCACCGUCAAGAAAAAAUGAUUGAUUCUCGCUUCCUGUUAUUUCGUUGUUUUCAAAUGGGAGAACGUUUGAAAAGUUCUCAUGAUCAUUUCAUAGAUGAUCGUGGCUUGAUUGUUUACCGCAUGAGGGACGGGAUUAAUUCGGUUUGGAUCCCGCCGCGCUCAGCUCUGGCUCAUGCUUUAUUGUUGGUCGCACAUCGUAUGGCUAAGCAUAAUGGCGUUAAGCUUUCGCUAGCACAAAUACCUCCAGAAAUCAUUAUUGGUGACGCUAAUCGAUCUAUGAAUCGUUUGAUUUAUCGGUGUCUAAUUUGUAGAAGUCGUCGUGGAAAAGCAAUUACUGUUCCGUUUGGGCCAUCAUAUCAUGAGAUAGACGUUUUUAGCGGGCCAUUCAGUCGAAUUGCUAUUGAUGGUUUCGGACCAUUUGAAUUAAAAAAUGGCAAGAAAUAUUGGGGUUUGGUUGUUGUUUGUUUGUCUACGAGAUGUUUACGUAUUGGCGUUCUCGAAAAUCUCACUCCUUUAGCUGCUGCUCGUGCAUUAAAUUCUGUCUUCCAUGAAGUGGGAUAUCCUAAAUUCAUCCUGUCAGAUAACGGCACAAAUUUUAAGCCUAUCAAGGCAGCUCUAGAAAAAUCUGGUAUGUCUGUUGUUUGGUGGACGACUACGCCGUUGGCUCCUUGGCAGAAUGGUUCUGCCGAACGUUUUGUCAAAAUUGUAAAAUCGUGUUUGUCCAUGUAUGACAAAAAGUGUCGAUCAUUAUAUGUUGCGAUUCUACGCUUUAGAGAAGUGGAAUCUAUUGUUAACGCAAGACCAAUUUUGGCUGGUGAACGUCCGAUUUCAGCUCAUGAAUUCUGCUUCCAUCGCCCACUUCAUCUUAUUCCUGAGAAUGUUUCAGAUAUUAAGCCUGUCAAUUUGGAUCGUUUAUAUCGUUUCAACGUUGAUCUUAAAAAACGUUUCACAAAAUUAUUAAGACUCCGAUAUUACAAUCUAUAUCGUUUCCGGCCUAAAACGCAGCCUUCGUCUAUCAAAGUUGGUGAUUUUGUUUUGGUACCUGAACAAACUAAACGAGAAAUUUGGCCUACAGGGCAAAUACAAGAAUUGGCGAUAGGUCGUGAUGGUUAUAUCCGUUCUGCUCGCAUAAAUUUUCAAGGGUCAUCAUUAUGGCGCCCAAUUUCAGGUUUAAUACCAAUUUCGCGGGCGGAAGAUUGUGGUGUUUCGUCGUUUCAAUAGAACAAUUUAAUUCGAUUUGAAAGUCACCCACAAAAAAUUCGAUGCACAUUGAAUUUCUUUUCUUUCUUUUUUUUCAUGUAACCACUUUUAAAAACAGUAUAUAAAUCUAAAACAUAUCCAAUGAAAAAAUGUGAUCUUUUUAUUCGUUUUCUUGUUCUCAUACGAUUAAUACUAUCAAAAAUAAAAACCUAGUUUGAAAUAAAUAUUCGUUUUUCUGUUCUUUCGUUAU